ACCGACCAUGGCUUCCAAGUGUCCCAAGUGUGACAAGACCGUGUACUUCGCCGAGAAGGUUAGUUCCCUGGGCAAGGACUGGCACAAGUUCUGUCUCAAGUGUGAGCGCUGCAACAAGACACUGACCCCUGGGGGCCACGCUGAGCAUGAUGGGAAACCUUUCUGCCACAAGCCCUGCUAUGCCACACUGUUUGGGCCCAAAGGCGUGAAUAUAGGGGGAGCCGGUUCCUACAUCUAUGAGAAACCUCUGACUGAAGGCCCUCAGGUCACUGGCCCCAUUGAGGUCCCUGUGGUGCGAACUGAGGAGCAGAAGACCAGCGGACCCCACAAAGGUCCCAGCAAAGCCUCUAGUGUCACCACAUUCACUGGGGAACCCAACAUGUGUCCUCGCUGCAACGAGAGGGUGUACUUUGCUGAGAAGGUGACCUCUCUAGGCAAGGAUUGGCACCGGCCUUGCCUACGCUGUGAGCGCUGCUCCAAGAUGCUGACCCCCGGAGGGAACGCUGAGCACGAUGGCCAGCCCUACUGCCACAAGCCUUGCUAUGGAAUUCUUUUUGGACCCAAGGGAGUGAACACCGGUGCUGUGGGCAGCUAUAUCUAUGGCAAGGACCCUGAAGGCACAGUUCAGCCUUAGAUCUGCAGAUGCUGUCCUCCGGGUCUCCUACUCGACCCUGAGGGAGAGUGACCUGCUGCCUAGUCCUGCCUGCCUCAGCGCGUCUUGCCUGCAAACCCCAGGGCCUAAGUGGUGGAGGAGGAAGCCUCCUGGGUAGUCUCCAGAACAGCCCAGAAUUGCAACCCUGUUUCUCUGUGUGUCACCUCGGCAUGCCCUGUGUCACCCACUGCCCUCUAUGUCUGUGUGCCUCCAUAGCCUCAUGUGUCCUGUGUCCCUGUGCCCAGCACCCUCUCUGUCCCUGUGUCCCCAUGUCCCUGAUAGCUCUCCGAGGUGGCUGUCCUAUGAUAUCCCUGUUGCCCACACCUGCCCACCAGUAUUAUUUAUGCUCUGCUUGCCGGUGAUGGCCAUGAGCUCACAGCAUUCCCAGGGUUCCCACUGCUGGUUCCCACACUACGCCCUACCUACCCCUCACGUGGUUCACAGCUACGGAGACUUUUGCUGUCAAUAAAUGGUUUGGUUUGAGGAUAAAAAAA